AUGAUGAAGUUCUUAGAAGAAUUCGGAAAAACACAAAAUGAGAAUCUGAAAUACAUACGUGAAGAAAUAUCUGAGAUUAAAAAUGAAAUAAAAACAAUAAAAUCAACAACAAAAAACUUUACACAACGAUUUGAACAAAUAAACUCUGAAAUAGAAAAUAUUAAAUACAAUCAUACUGCUACUCAAAACCAAAUAAAAAACAUAGAAAGUGAAAUAACCCUGAUAAAAGAUAAACAACACAUUGAAAGUUCAACGGAUAAAUCGCCCGUCUUGUGCCAAGAAAACCUCAUCCUUGAACUCAAAGACCGAUACGACCGUGAGAAAAACAUCAUUAUUGUGGGUAUACCCGAAAUAAAUGAAAAAAAUUCAAAAUUACCUGGUGAACGUUCUGAGGUUCUUCACGAAGUUGAAGUAUUUACCGUCAACAAUGAUCUAUGCAGUGAGCGUUAUGAAGUUAACGAUCCUCCUCGAGUUAUAAUAUGA